AUGGAGGAAGAGGAGGAGGAAGCGAGGGCGCUGCUGCCAGGCGGCUCGGACGAGGCGGGCAGAGACACCCGGGCUACCCCUGCUGCCUCCGGGGCGCUGCAGGCCCUCUGCGACCCCAGUCGCCUAGCGCACCGGCUUGUGGUUCUUUUGCUGAUGUGCUUCCUUGGCUUCGGCAGCUACUUUUGCUAUGAUAAUCCUGCUGCCCUUCAGAUUCAAGUUAAACGGGAUAUGCAGGUGAAUACCACGAAAUUCAUGCUGCUGUAUGCCUGGUAUUCUUGGCCCAAUGUAGUUUUGUGUUUCUUCGGUGGCUUUUUGAUAGACCGAGUAUUUGGAAUACGAUGGGGCACCAUUAUUUUUAGUUGCUUUGUUUGCGUUGGGCAGGUUGUUUUUGCCCUGGGUGGAAUAUUUAAUGCUUUUUGGCUGAUGGAAUUGGGAAGGUUUGUGUUUGGGAUUGGUGGGGAGUCCUUAGCAGUUGCCCAGAAUACAUAUGCUGUGAGCUGGUUUAAAGGCAAAGAGUUAAACUUGGUGUUUGGACUCCAACUUAGCAUGGCAAGAAUUGGAAGCACAGUCAACAUGAACCUCAUGGGAUGGCUGUAUUCUAAGGUCGCAGCUUCAUUGGGUUCUGCUGGUCACACAACCCUUGGGGUCACACUUAUGAUUGGGGGUAUAACAUGUAUUCUUUCACUUGUCUGUGCCUUGGCUCUUGCUUACUUGGAUCAGAGAGCAGGACGAAUCCUUCAUAAAGAACAAGGAAAAACAGGUGAAGUGAUCAAGUUAACUGAUGUGAAGGACUUCUCAUUACCCCUGUGGCUUAUAUUUAUCAUCUGUGUCUGCUAUUAUGUCGCUAUCUUCCCUUUCAUUGGACUUGGAAAAGUUUUCUUUACAGAGAAAUUUGGAUUUUCCUCCCAGGUAGCCAGUGCUAUUAACAGUAUCGUAUACGUAAUAUCAGCUCCCAUGUCCCCAAUAUUUGGGCUUCUGGUGGAUAAAACAGGAAAGAACAUCAUCUGGGUUUUGUGUGCAGUGGUGACCACGCUUGCUUCGCACGUCAUGCUGGCCUUCACGCUGUGGAACCCCUGGAUCGCUAUGUGUCUCCUGGGACUCUCCUACUCACUACUCGCCUGUGCCUUGUGGCCAAUGGUGGCGUUUGUAGUUCCUGAACAUCAACUGGGAACUGCAUAUGGCUUCAUGCAGUCCAUUCAGAAUCUUGGGUUGGCGGUCAUUUCCAUCAUUGCUGGAAUGAUCUUGGAUACUCGGGGAUACUUGUUUUUAGAAGUUUUCUUCAUUGCCUGUGUUUCCUUGUCACUUUUAGCUGUCGUCUUACUCUACGUGGUGAAUCGUGCCCAAGGUGGGAACCUAAAUUAUUCUGCAAAAAAAAGGGAAGAAACGAAACUUUCUCAUGAAGAGUAA